AUGGCAGCGGAGAUGGCACUGAGCCACCGGACAUCCCACAAGGUGCUGAGCGAGGCUGACCUGGAGGAAGUGGGGCAGCGGAAACCUCCCACUAAGCCCUCGCUGCAUAGCUGUCUCCACAAGACCAGAUGCUCGGCCUCCACCGCCAAGUCCCUGCUCUUCCAAUUCCUGCCCUUCCUGCGCUGGCUGCCCCGCUACCCAGUCAAGGAGUGGCUCCCGGGGGGCAUCACCUCCGGNNCAUCCGUGACGUUUCUCCCUGCUCCCCCAUGUCCAGGCCUCGCCUACGCACUGCUGGCCGGGCUGCCACCCGUCACCGGUCUCUAUACCUCCUUUUACCCCGUCUUCCUCUACUUCUUCUUCGGGACAUCCAGGCACAACUCCGUGGGGGUCCCAGUGCUGACCUUGGGCUCCCUGCCCACACCCUUCCUGUCCCCAGGCCCCUUUGCCGUCAUCUCCGUCAUGAUCGGGAGUGUGACAGAAUCCCUGGUGCCCAGCGAGAAGUUCCUGGAGUUUGUCAAUGGCACCAACAUCACCAUGGUCAAUGAGGAACGUCGCGAUGCUGCCAGGGUGGAGCUGGUGGCCACCAUCACUGUCCUGACAGGCAUCUUCCAGGUGGCCCUGGGCCUCCUGCAGUUCGGCUUCGUGGUGACCUACCUCUCAGACCCGCUGGUGCGUGGCUACACGACCGCUGCCUCUGUGCAUGUCCUCGUCUCCCAGCUCAAGAACGUCUUUGGGAUCUCCCUGGGCGAGCACUCAGGGCCGCUCUCACUGUUCAUGACCUUCAUUGAGAUCUGCCAGAAGCUGCCACAGACCAACGUGGGCACCCUGGUGACAGCAAUCAUUGCCAUGGUUGUCAUCUUCAUCGUGAAAGAGCUCAACCACAAGUUCGCCGCCAAGUUGCCUAUGCCCAUCCCCAUCGAACUUAUCACGAUCAUCAUCUCCACUGGUAUCUCCUACGGUGUCAACCUGAAUGACAAGUUUGGCAUCUCCGUGGUGGGCAAAAUCCCUAGCGGGUUGAAGCCGCCUGUGGUCCCUAACUUCAGCUACUUUGGGCAGGUGGUGGGCAACGCCUUCGCCAUUGCCGUGGUGGGAUAUGCCAUCUGCAUCUCCCUGGGCAAGAUCUUUGCCCUGAAGCAUGGCUACAAAGUGGACAGCAACCAGGAGCUGAUCGCACUGGGCUUCUGCAACUUCCUGGGGGGCUUCUUCCAGUGUUUUGCCAUCAGCUGCUCCAUGUCACGGAGUCUGGUGCAGGAGAGCACAGGGGGAAACAGCCAGGUAGCCAGUGUCAUUGCAUCCCUGGUCAUCCUGGUGACCAUCCUGAAGAUUGGAGAGCUCUUCCAGGACCUGCCCAAGGCCAUCUUGGCUGCCAUCAUCAUCAUCAACCUCAAGGGCAUGUUCAAGCAGUUUGUUGACCUCCGCACGCUCUGGAAGUCCAACCGGGUGGACCUGAUGGUCUGGAUUGUGACAUUCGUGGCCACCCUCAUGCUGAACUUGGACAUUGGCCUGGGGGCCUCGGUGGCCUUUGGGCUGCUCACUGUCAUCUUCCGCACGCAGCUCCCCCACUACUCCAUCCUGGGGCGCAUCUCUGACACUGAUGUCUACAGGGACGUGACUGAAUACCAGAUGGUAACAGCACCAGGGGAGGUCCCUGGUGUGAAGAUCUUCCGCUCCUCCUCCACCCUCUAUUUUGCCAACGUGGAGCUGUACGCUGAGGCCCUGAAGAAGAAGAGCGGCAUCAACGUGGAUCGCCUGAUCGAGAAGAAGAAGAAGGCCCUCAAGAAGCUGAAGAAACAGCAGAAAAAAGCAGAAAAGGAGAAGGCAAAGAGGGAAAAGGUGCUUCCCUGCCACGGGGAACCCCUCCGGUGUCCUUCGCUCCCCCAGGCUGCAGAGGACAGGCUUAAUGGUCCCGGCGUGGCGGUGAUCGAGCUGAGCGGGGAGGAGAGCAGCGCACGCCCCGAGCCCACCCUGCGCAGCCUGGGGCUGCCCCAGCCCAGCUUCCACACUGUUGUCUUGGACUUCAGCCCCGUCAGCUUCAUGGACACCGUCUCCACCAAGAUCGUGAAGAAUAUCUUCAGGGAUUUCCAUGAGAUCGAAGUGGAUGUCUUCGUUGCCGGCUGCGCGGCGCCCGUGCUCGCCCAGCUGGAGAGGGGCAACUUCUUCAGCUCAGGCAUCACCAAGCACUGCUUCUUCCCCUCGGUGCACGACGCCAUAGUCCACAUUA